UUGCACUGUAACGAUAAUGAAACGGAACCACUAAGAGGCUCCACAGACUACGACAAAUUAUACAAAGUAAGGCCACUUAUUACAGAACUGAAUAAGGUAUAUCAGAGUGAAGCAUGUAAUUCAGCUAUACAAUCAAUCGACGAAUGCAUGGUAAAAUUUAAAGGAAGAAGCUCUUUCCGACAAUACAUGCCCAAGAAACCCAUAAAAAGGGGCUUCAAAAUUUGGGCUAGAUGUGACGCAAAAACAGGGUUCUUGUAUCAAUUUGAAGUUUACACAGGUAAAGGCUGGCACGGUUUAAACAGUACUGAAAACGAGGGACUGGGCUACAAUGUCGUAAUGAGACUCUGUAACAAUGUGCUGUCAAAUACGUUGGUUGCUUUUGAUAAUUUUUUUACGGGUUGUAAUCUAAUGGAAGACCUUUUUGACAAAAACAUUUAUGCAGUAGGAACAGUGAGAAGCAACAGAAAAGAUCUUCCCGAUGUUCUAAAAAAUAAAAAGCAACCAAAAGCAAUGAAAUUAGCAAAACAUGAAUUUGUAAGUGUUACAGCAGAGCCAAUAACUGCCAUUAAGUGGAUGGAUACUAAAGAAGUAACAGUGCUUUCAACGGCACAUCAACCGCGGGACGUAAUGAUGGUCAAAAGGACCCAAAAAGAUGGCUCGAGAAAAGAAGUUCUUUGUCCAAAGGCUAUUGCGUCAUAUACCCUUAGCAUGGGCGGGGUAGAUUUAUUUGAUCACUUUAGAUCGUCAUAUCCCAUAAGCCGAAAAUCCCGUAAAUAUUGGAUGCGACUUCUCUUCUUCAUGUUCGACGCUUCAAUUAUAAAUGCCUAUAUAAGUUACAACGACUCGCAUGUUGCAACAAUACACAGUCAUCGAGAUUUCAGGUUGCGUUUGGCGCGUGCAUUAAUAGACAAUUAUACCACAAGAAAGGGACACGCACAGCAAGGCAUACAGUUUAAAAAUAAAAAGGUGGUGUCUUUGGAGUUCCAGAAGAAAUACGAUUAUUAA